CGCUUAAUACUUUUAGACGUUGACAAGUGACAUUACAAAAUUCAUUCUAAGAGGUGUUUUGCAAAGUAAUCAUGGCUACAGAACGUUAUAGUUUCUCUUUAACUACUUUUAGCCCUUCUGGUAAACUAGUUCAAAUUGAAUACGCUUUAGCAGCAGUCGCCGCCGGAGCUCCUUCUGUAGGAAUCAAAGCUUCAAAUGGAGUUGUUAUUGCCACAGAAAAUAAACACAAAUCAAUUUUGUAUGAUGAGCACAGUGUUAACAAAGUUGAAAUGAUAACUAACCACAUUGGGAUGAUUUAUUCCGGAAUGGGGCCUGAUUAUCGACUUCUUGUUAAACAAGCGAGAAAAAUGGCCCAACAAUAUUUCUUGGUUUAUAGAGAACCUAUCCCGACAGUUCAAUUAGUUCAACGUGUUGCUGCUGUUAUGCAAGAAUAUACUCAAUCAGGGGGAGUUCGUCCAUUCGGGGUCUCUUUAUUGAUUUGUGGCUGGGAUACAGGUCGCCCAUAUUUGUUCCAAUGUGAUCCUUCUGGAGCGUACUUUGCAUGGAAAGCCACUGCUAUGGGUAAAAACUUUGUCAAUGGGAAAACUUUUUUGGAAAAAAGAUACAGUGAAGAUUUAGAAUUAGAUGAUGCUGUUCAUACCGCUAUUUUAACUUUGAAAGAAAGCUUUGAGGGUCAAAUGACCGCCGAUAAUAUUGAAGUGGGUAUUUGCGAUCAAAAUGGGUUUAGGAGAUUAGAUCCAUCGCAUGUUAAAGAUUAUUUGGCAAAUAUUCCUUAAAUAUUAGAAUCUUUUUUAUUUUUUAAUGUAAUUGCAUUCAAUAAAAAUCUUAUAAUCAA